GUUCUGAGUUGGUAAACAGCUUUGACCUCAUGGUGGAAGACACACUGUUAGGGGACGAGGCUGCAUAGCAUUGAAAAUAAAWCCAGACAUUCGUAAUUACUGGCGGUGUGAGGGAGACCCACCAUGGCCGGCGACAUGAUAUUGGUGAUGCGUGGCUUGGCCAAGCUGAGCCAGGCGGUAAUAGACACUCAGGCCAACACACUGUGUAUUGGAGGAGCCCAGGCCAUGGCCCAGAGCAUGCAGAUGACUGCAGAGCAGAGCCUGGGAGUAGCCAUGCAGAAGAUGCAGGAGUUUGGCGGGCAGCAGCAGCAAAGUGUGUCUGAUGACUUUCCAGCAGACAUAGACAGUAAGUAUGACUUCUCCGGAGCAGAGGGGAGCAGCGUGGACAGUGGAGAACACGUAGAGUCAGGGUUCAGAGAAGAGGGACAAGGCGUUUCCUCAGAGGGGAUGGGGACCACAGACGGCACGACCUGCGGGACAUUCAACGGCCAGGCCUCGCUCAAAUCCAAGCUGUUUGAGGGCUACAAGGACCCCAGCAGCCAGUUCUCAGGACAGAUCCGUUCCUACCUAUCCUAUAGUUCCUACCGCUCCUAUCACCAGGACGGCUCGGGGGUUGGGGGCCUCACGGCCGAGGACAUAGAGAAGGCCAGAGAAGCCAAGAGGAAUGAGAAACCACACAAACAAAUGCUCAGUGAAAGGGCACGAGAGAGAAAGGUACCAGUGACACGGUUAGGGAGACUGGCUAAUUUUGGAGGUCUGGCUGUAGGACUGGGCUUCGGAGCGCUGGCUGAGGUAGCCAAGAAGAGUAUGAGGCCAAGUGAGGAUAAUGCUGACAAGAAGGCCGUUCUGGACUCCAGUCCGUUCCUGUCGGAGGCUAACGCAGAGCGGAUCGUCAGGACGCUGUGUAAGGUCCGCGGAGCCGCACUGAAACUGGGCCAGAUGCUCAGCAUUCAAGAUGAUGCCUUCAUCAACCCCCAGCUGGCCAAGAUAUUUGAACGUGUGAGACAGAGUGCAGACUUCAUGCCCAUCAAGCAGAUGACGAAGUCAAUCAACAACGACCUGGGCCCUAACUGGAGGGACAAGCUGGAUUCGUUUGAGGAGCGACCGUUCGCUGCGGCCUCCAUCGGACAGGUCCACCUGGCUAAGAUGAAGGAUGGCAGGGAGGUGGCCAUGAAGAUCCAGUACCCCGGAGUGGCUAAAAGCAUCGACAGUGACAUCAACAACCUGAUGACUCUCCUCACCAUGAGCAACGCACUGCCUGAAGGUCUCUUCCCUGAGCAUCUGAUUGAGGUGAUGAGCAGAGAGCUGGCACUGGAAUGUGAUUACAUAAGAGAGGCCAAAUGUGCCAAGAAAUUCCAGGAGCUGCUGAAAGACCACCCGUUCUUCUACGUGCCAGAUGUAAUAGACGAGCUGAGCAGCAACGCCGUCCUCACCACAGAGCUGGUCCCCGGCUUCCCUCUGGACCAGGCUGAACAACUCUCCCAGGAGCUCAAGAACGAGAUCUGUGAGAAUAUCCUGAARCUKUGUUUAAGGGAGCUGUUUGAGUUCAGAUACAUGCAGACUGACCCCAACUGGUCCAACUUCUUCUACGACCCGCAGACACACAGGGUUGCAUUGUUGGAUUUCGGAGCCACGAGAGGAUUUAGUGAGGACUUCACUGACAUCUACAUUGAGCUCAUCAAGUCAGCAGCAGAGGGAGACAGAGAGGGGGUUCGGAAGAGAUCAGUAGACAUGAAGUUCCUCACAGGUUAUGAGUCAAAGUCCAUGGUGAACGCCCAUGUAGACGCGGUGAUGAUCCUGGGYGAGGCCUUUGCCUCUAUGGAGCCCUUUAACUUCGGAGCCCAGAGCACCACGGAGCGCAUCCACAACCUGAUCCCUGUGAUGCUGAAGCAGCGCCUCACCCCGCCCCCCGAGGAGACCUACUCCCUCCACCGCAAGAUGGGCGGCUCCUUCCUCAUCUGCUCCCGCCUUGACGCCAAGCUCGGCUGCAAGAACAUGUUCCAGGAGGCCUAUAACAACUACUGGAGGGGCCGCCCCAACCGACCGAGCCAGUGACGGACACCACAGAGGGCCAAUCGCAUGGCUACAGCAUCAGGGUUACAGAGGGUGUGGACUAUAAGGGGAGGGAUGUUGACCCUAGCCAGACUUUCUCUGCUGUUCAUUUAAUGUAUAUGAUUGGCACUUUUUUGCCCGUCCCUCCCCCGAACCAGAAUAUGUGUGUAUAUUCACUACCGGUCCAAAGUUUUAGAACACCUACUCAUUCAAGGGAUUAUCUUUAUUUUUACUAUUUUCUACAUUGU